UUAGCCAACUUGGCUAACUAGUCGAGCACAACAGAAAGAGGGGAAAAUGGUCCGUUAGACUGCAGCACACUUGUCCGUUGAGUGUCACAGGGAGCGUGUAUAAUAAUUUAUAAUUUAAUUUUGCUGGUGCCACAGCCUGCGGCUUGGUGUCUCAAGUGUUAAUAUAUAUAUAUUUUUUUUUUUAAUUAACCCCCGAGAGCUAACGGUAAGUUAGUUUUGUAUGGUUAGCCCGCUAAACGGCAUGCUAGGUCAACUGAGGUCUGCUUGGAAGUUGGAGCAUGCUAACGUUUAGCUAAUUCGCAAUCUCCCUGUGAAAUAACUGGGUUGUUUCUGUCCAGACGUGUGGUCGUGAGUUUUAAUCGUGAACUUUUUUUUGCUGCAAAAACUAGUCUUCAACUCAGCCGGCUGGCACGUGCUGCUGCUGUUGCUGCGCCCCCGUCCAGUCUCGUCGUCAGUUUAAACAGCAUCCUCGUGCCUCCCAACUUCGUGGGCUUGGAGCUCGCGGCAGUUGAUUUAGCUGAGAUGUAGGGAUUUGAGCGAUUCUCAUCGGAAUGUGCACCAGCACCACUUCGCGGAUGUUUGGUUGCCAGUAGGCCCAGUGGAAGUGCUGAACUUCAGGUCGGCAGCGGAGACGAUGAGCCCAGCAGGACGGUGCCCGCAUUUGGCUGCAGAGGAGAGAGCACCAAGAUGAGGAGACUGUAGGCACUCGCCAUAGUAUGGCCGCAUCCCGUUCCUCGCGCGUCACAAGGUCAUCAGUGGGGCUCAAUGGAUUGGAUGAGAACUUUUGUGGUCGAACCCUCAGGAACCGCAGCAUCGCCCAGCCAGAGGAGACCUCAGUGUCUCCACUGCCAAGGGCCCGUUCGCCCAAGAAGAAGCAGGACAACAAGCAGGACACCAAGCAGGAAUCGAAGCAUGACGCCAAACAGGAGUCGAAGCAGGACAACAAGCAGGACACCAAGCUGGAAUCGAAGCAUGACACCAAGCAGGAGUCGAAGCAGGACAACAAACAGGACACCAAGCCAGAGUCGAAGCAGGACAACAAACAGGACACAAAGCCGGAGUCGAAGCAGGACGUCACACAGGACGUCAAGCUGGAGUCGAAGCAGGACUUCACACAGGACGUCAAGCUGGAGUCGAAGCAGGACAAUAAACAGGACACCAAGCCGGAGUCGAAGCAGGACGUCACACAGGAUGUCAAGCCGGAGUCGAAGCAGGUUCCCAGACAGGAUACCAAGCCGGAGUCAAAGCAGGUCGCCAAACAGGACGUCAAGCCAGAGUCGAAGCAGGUCACCAAACAGGACGUCAAGCCGGAAUCAAAAAACGAGACAAAACAGGAGUCAAACCAAGACGUUAAGCAGGAGUCAAAGCAGGAUGCUAAACAGGAGACAAAGCAUGAUGAGACACCGGACACUUAUUCGCAGGAUGGCCAACAACAGGCCUUGUUGCAGGGAAAUGUAACUCACUCUGAUGCUUCUCUGGUAGAGGCCGAUCAAUGGACCAGUUCCAGGAAGCGAGGCCAGUCAUGUUUAGAAAAAGACAUUAGCCCUGAAAAGUCAGAGAACUGUGAUGGAGGGAACGGGGAGCGGGAUGCCUCUCCUCAAAUUAAAAGGGCCAAGCGAUGCUCUCGCUCUGGAGAGUCUCAGGGACAGGAGAAGGACCCUGAGCUUGUGAAACCCGAAAGUCCUGACUCAGUCCCAGAGCUUAGCAAGGACAACAGUUGUGAGGAAUUACCCAGCCAGAACUUUGCUAACACAGUUCCUGCCUCACCUAUCCUCAGUAAACAGGAAGGUGGGCUCACAGGGGACGAUGCAGAGGAUGGUCAUGUAGAGUGUGAUGGGGCCUCUCAGUUCCCAAAUGCCCACAAAGCUUCUAAUGGACUCCGAGAAAAUAACACAGAGGAAUCAAACACGCUUGGUGAAAAGUCUAGUUCAAAUCCUACCCCUGAUACUAAUUUCUCGUCCCUGCUCAACGGCAGUCAGACAGGGACUCCCUCAUCCCCUGAUCCCGCUGUGCCUUGUAGAAACUCUGUCCCUGGGCAUAUGGAGGUUUCUGGCUCAGGAGAAUUGCCAUCCUCAUCUGCACCAAUAUCUGAGGGUGUUCUGGAUGAUUCUGUCCCUGAGUUGAUAGUGGCCAAGGAGCAGGAAGUGGAGGAGAUGGAGGUUGACGUAGUAGGUGACUCGUUCUGUCUGGCUCAUGAAGAGCAGGUGAUGGAUAGCGAGAGCGACACGAAUGGACGGCUGCUGACACCAGUGCAGGAAUCUGUUGCCUCCACCUCCUUCUCCACCACUAAUAUGAACAGUAGUCCAAUCCACAACAACAACAGCAACUCAGGAGAAACCACAUCCCCACUAACAACACCCCCUUCCCCCACAGAGCCAGAGUGCAACCCUUCUAUUUCCAGCACAUCCACCUCUUUCACAGAGCUCUACGAACACAGAUACACUCGGCGGACUUCACCCAGAAGGGCUGUGUCCAGUGGAAAAGCUUGCUCCUCCAAGCCCAGCUCUCCUCCCAGAGACAAUGGUCCCUUGAGGGAAGAGGGGGAGGUGGUGGUUGGGCUGGAGGAGGAGGACUGCCCUAUGGUGGAAGAGCCAGCUCCCUCAGACUCUAUUGGCCACUCCAAUGAGGAGCCGGUGUCUGGGGAUCCUGGGGACAGGGCAGGUGGUGAGGAUCGUGGAUUUAUAGAGGGGAAAGAGGCCGAACACAGCAAGGAGUUGACACAAAGCCAGGCUGCGGAGGAGGAGGAGGAGGAGGAGGAGGAGGAAGAAGAGGAGCCAGACGUGUAUUACUUCGAGUCGGACCACUUGGCUCUUAAACACAACAAAGAUUAUCAGAGACUGCUGCAGACUAUUGGAGUUCUCGAGGCUCAGCGCACGCAGGCCAUCCUGGACCUUGAAACAUUGGCGCGUCAUCAGAGAGAGGCGCUUGCCGAUCCCAUCAGCUUUGUGGAACAGCUGCAAAAACGGGUGAAUCUAGGCUUGCCGUGUCCUCAGCAUGUUGUCCAGCUUCCUGACAUUGCCUGGGAGCAGUACACCUCAGGCCUCGGGGAUUUUGAAAGAGAAUUCUGCGACAAGAAACGGAAAACCAGGCGGCUAAAGUUGAUCUUUGACAAAGGUUUGCCUCUUCGACCAAAAAGUCCCGUUGAGCCCAAGAAGGAAGGUGAAUCCUCCACAAUGUACUCCCCUCUACCCACAAGUGACGCGCCCGAGAACGGCAGGCAAACGCAGAUGAUCAGGGGGAGGAUUUGUCAUCCAAAUAAACCCGACACAUUUAACCAGCUGUGGACUGUGGAAGAACAGAGAAAACUGGAGCAGCUUCUUGUUAAAUUCCCACCUGAGGAAGUCGAAUCCAGAAGAUGGCAGAAGAUUGCUGAUGAGUUGGGCAAUCGAACAGCAAAACAGGUUGCCAGUAGGGUUCAAAAGUACUUCAUCAAACUGACAAAAGCUGGUAUCCCUGUGCCUGGAAGAACACCCAACCUGUGCAUGUACACUAAAAAGGCAUCCAGCAAGCGGCAGCAUCACCUUAACAAACACCUGUACCGGCCGUCCACCUUCCUGACCUCCUACGAGCCUCCAGUCUACAUGGAUGAAGAUGAUGAACGCUCAGCAUAUUACAACAGUGUGCAGGACCCUUCGGCUGAUGAUUCGGAUGAAGAGAGUGUACCUGUGGAGCUGAGAAGUUUGCCAGAAUACAAAGAGCUUUUACAGCUGAAACGUCUGAAAAAACAGAAGCUCCAGGAGAUCCAGGAGGAUAAGACUGAGAUCCGGCACAUAGGCUAUAAGUGUGACGUCUGUGGUAUGGAGCCCAUCCUGGGUGUGCGGUGGCACUGUCAGGACUGUCCGCCUGACAACUCUGUUGACUUCUGCUCCAACUGCUCCGACUGCUUGUUCAAGACUGAGACCCACAAGCCUAACCACCACCUGGAGCCAGUGUACCAGGCAGAAACCUUCCUGGACCGGGACUACUGCCUGCCGCAGAGCACAGGUUACAACUACCUGGACCCCAAUUACUUCCCUGCCAACAGAUGACAGGGUCCCAGGCACCCCUAGCUUCAGGCUCUCUCCACAUAUCCCACAGGCCACUCUGUGCAUGGCUCCAUCCUUCAAGUCCAAGAUAACCGCUUAACCCGCCGCCAGGCAGGAAGGCCAUUAGGCAGGCAGACAGCCGGGGUCCUCAGAGCAGACCAGUGCUGCUGGUGGGGGGGCUGUUGGUGACUGACCUCCCUGACUUGAGCAAAGGGUGGCCAUGACGGUUCCUCAAUAAAUAUUUCAAAAAGGAAAAAAAAAAGAAAAGGGGGGGGGGAGGGGGAAGCCCUGCUCAACCUCAGCCAGGUUAUUCAACGGAUCCGUGAUUUGAAAACGAUACACUAUUUUUAAAAACAAACAAAAAAAAGAAAAUAGAAGGCACACGACAUUCCCGAGCUCCGUGACUCCAGCAGGGCUGUCCUGUAUCCCCGUUUCUCCCCCCCAUCGCCCUCCAGUUACCUCCCUGUGCUGCUUCAAAACUGGAGAAUUGAUGAUCAGUCUGGUGAAGCGCCACCUAAUGGUGAUGGGUGGCCAACCAGCACGUCAUAGUGGACUGUGAAGUCAUCAACUGAGAUACACAUAGGUGGUUUUAUGCGUGUAUGUGGUCUCUGUGUUAUGCAAGAGUGAAAAUGUUCUAGCUAGGUAUCCGUAGAUUGAGUAUUUAUGAGCCGCGGUGUCCUCAGCAGACGUCUGGGGUGCUGCAGGUGAAGUUCAGCAGACACUGUGGUUGAAGCCAGUGUUUUUUGUUUUGUUUUUGUUUUCAUUUGUUUUCUUCUUUUUUUCCCAGGCUGCAGGUCCACAUUUUGUUCUGCAGACAAAUCUGUAUGUGUUAAAACGGAUCGAGCUCCCACGUUUCAGCAUGGAGCCAUCACGACCACUGUCACACAAACGCUGCUCUCUACACCCCCUUCACCUCUCAAACACACACAGAUAACAAACUUUCAUCUGUUUCCCUUUCCUUUGCUCUCUCCACUAAAACAUGUCUAACAAGAAGCACUACAGCACGGAGAGCAAACAUUUCCGAAGGCAGGCGUGUGAACGGAAAAUACACAAGACUGCGUUUUUGUUUUCUUCUUUUUCCGCCCCCAGUGUGUGCCGUUGUUGAUCAUGUUGAGUGUACAAGUGUAUGGUGAAAAGUAGCCAGCGCUAGAUGCUGUGUGCCAUUUUUAAGAGAAAAAAAAAAAGAGGCUGUUGUUUUGGCGUGGGGGAGGGACCUUUAACCUGGCCACAACUUCUCCCUUCCUGCGUGGCUCCGUUGACCCACACUGUCCUACUUUAUUGAUCCAGUCAUCAUGGCUCUAGAUCUUUAAUUUUGCAGUCCACCUUAAAGGUCCAUUUAAAAGAUUGUAUUUUUAUUAAUCUAUUUAAAAAAAGAUAAAUAAUUGAGGUAGUGGUUGGUGCACCACAGUGGAGCAACCCACACAAUUUUAUACACAUAGAUUUUGUUGUGCUUGAGUAGACACCAUUUUGUAUGGUUUUUGUCUCUUUCCCUCACCCCCUUUGCCCUGCUUCAAUAUCUGUGUAUAACAGUCUGUUCUUAUGUAAAAAAAAUAAAAUAAUAAUGUUAAAAAAUGCUAGGAGAACUGUGGAAAUAAAAGUAU